UAUACAUGUAUGACAAAUUCGUAUGUAGGACUUUGAACGAAAUUUAUAACACACGUGGCAUUUCUGAAUGAUAAAAUGAUGUUCAUAAUUAUAGUUUUGAUGAUAAUAUAUUCCUUUGAUGUUAAGGCGGAGACUGACCAGAAUGAGCAACUGAUUGAGGGAUUUAAAAGACUUGAAGAAAGGCUUGAGAGACAAGAGGAGCUCAAUUUGAAGUUGCAGGACAUGUUGCGACAUGAGGAAGAAAGGAACAAUGCACAAGAUGCCAUUAUAAAACAACAACAGAAAGAAAUUGUGAAGCUACAGAAGACUUGCAUAUGCAAUAAUGAAGAAGCUCAAACGGACAUGCAAGAAGAAAUAAAGAAACAAAACAAUAUCACGAGUAUCUCAAUACGUAAUAAAGUCAAGCGGAAACUCGAAUCAUUUACUAGAGUUACUCGUGAGCUGCCUGAGAGAGUGGCGUUCUCUUCAUUUCUUGACCACAAUCUCGAACAUCUCGGAAUAGAUCAUCCAAUAAUAUACAAUAAGGUACUACUGAAUGAAGGAGCAGCGUAUAAUGCCAAUAGCGGUAUGUUCACCUGUCCGAUGGAUGGCUUGCACGUGUUUUAUUUCUCCGUAUCAACAAAUGGUGUACACCAGGUCGUGGCAAAACUUGUAGUUGAUGGCACAAACCAAGUCGAUGCUAUUUCCGAUACAUAUCAUGCUAACCAUGAGGCCCAGGGUGGAAAUCUUGUCGUCAUUUCAUUGCAAAGAGGCCAACAAGUAUGGGUAGCCAACUACAGAUGGGUAGACAUAUCAGUGCAAGACUCAAACGUUGACAGAUUUUCCACUUUCUCAGGCUUUAUGCUCUAUUAAAAUGCAUU